ACGGGUAUUAAACUACCAGCGACAGUAAAGAAGCGAUAAAGCGAAUCAAAGCAAAUCAAAAUGUACUCGAGAUCAGAGAGCUUGACUAUGUCUGUCCGGACCUCCUGCCCGGAGACCUUCGCUGCUGUCCGGACCUCCUACCCGGAGACCUUCGCGUCUGUCCGGACAUCCUACCCGGAGACCUUCGCCUCUCAGCGGGCGACGCGCAGCACGCAGCCGGAGAUCUUCACCUUUGAGCGGAUACCCGCGAAGGCCGCCGCCGUCCGCUCCUACGGUCCUCUCCGGUCCAAGAAGCGCUGUACCCGGGUCAUGUACCCAGCCAAGGUCCGCAUGCACCUCCCGCCCGUGGAGAGGAGCGCGGCGAAGCGGUGUCUGCUGGCCCUGUGUCUGGUGCUGCUGUGGCAGAUCUACACCGAGGAGCCCUGCGCUGACACGCCGCCCGGCUGCGCCGACCCACAGGUCCUCCCGCUGCGGUCUGCGGAGGACCAGGUCCGGCGGCUGGCUGAGGUCGACGGUUUCUCGAGCAUCCAGCUGCCCGCCGGGGAGGCGGGGAGCUCGGCCUGGUUAAGCCUCCUGUCCAACGGCUCCGGUGGGGAGACGGAGUCCGACAGGUCGUACGACCACAGCACCAGGAACGGCUACAUGGUGGCCCUGCUGGUCUACCACAAGCUCACCGAUAACUGAACCGGUCCAGAACAGACGACCACACGAAGGACUUGGUCACCAAGCCAGCCGGAGCACAGCGCCCGGAGGCCCACGACGGAUCCCGCGACGGAGCCCGGGUCCCGGAGCCUGGAGAUGUUUACAGGGGGUCUGAAUGAGGCUUUGUGAAGGAAAGUCCCCACGAGUACCGAUGAAGACCCCGAUGAGGACCUGAACCAGUGAACCUCCAUACUUGAGAGAACUGAUGAGAAACUUGAAUUAUGAACCGCACUAGGCUGUAUUUAUGGAUUCACCAGAUGAAACUUGUUCUUGAAACUGACACGAAUAUCUGAAGUUAUUUAUUUGUUAUUUAUUCAUUUGUUAUUUAUUGUUAUUUGCUAUUUAUAAAUUAAAGAAAAUGUCUCAAAUGAAACAA